GUCUGCACGCGCUGCUACAGCAGGAGCGCGAAUGACUGCAGCGCGACAAGCUUUCUGAAAACUACAAGCGGAAAAAGAAGAAGAAGCAACAACAACAAAAAGAGAAAACUGUCCACAAAUGACUCUCAUAAGGUGAAGAUCGCGUUGUUAAGAGCGGUGAGUGUUUUUCCCCCUCCCUGCUGCACUACGUCCACAGACGCUUUUCUUGACGUCAGGAGAAGUCUGAGCGGACCAGCGCUGCGCACACAUACAGCAACCAGAACGCUCCCAGAGGGAAGGAGAGCACAUCACAGCCACAGAUCGCAAUUUAGCUGUAGUGUGGUGAAUCUGAUCAGCAUAUUAGGAUGCCUCUUGGAGAGGAUGGAAAUGGAUGGAAAAAGAAGACAUCAGACAUCAAAGAACAUUAUGACUUCAAAGAAGUACUGGGAACGGGAGCUUUCUCAGAAGUCGUACUAGCAGAGGAGAAGAGGACUCAGAGGCUGGUGGCCAUCAAGUGCAUCCCCAAGAAAGCAUUGGAAGGCAAAGAGAACAACAUCGAAAAUGAGAUUGCUGUACUACACCGAAUCAAGCACCCCAACAUCAUUACGCUGGAGGACAUCUUUGAAAGUACUUCGCACCUCUAUCUUGUCAUGCAGCUGGUAUCUGGAGGCGAGUUGUUUGACAGGAUUGUGGAGAAAGGUUUCUACACAGAGAGAGAUGCCAGCCAACUCAUCCACCAGAUCUUGGAUGCAGUCAAAUAUCUCCACGAUAUGGGAAUCGUUCACAGAGACUUGAAGCCAGAGAAUCUGCUGUAUUACAGUAUGGACGAAGUCAAAAUCAUGAUCAGUGACUUUGGACUGUCAAAGAUUGAGGGAGCAGGCAGUGUCAUGUCCACAGCCUGCGGAACUCCUGGAUAUGUGGCUCCUGAGGUGCUCGCUCAGAAGCCGUACAGCAAAGCAGUGGACUGCUGGUCCAUAGGAGUUAUUUCUUAUAUUCUGUUAUGUGGAUACCCUCCGUUCUACGAUGAAAACGACUCCAAGUUAUUCGAGCAGAUUCUGAAAGCAGAGUAUGAAUUUGACUCUCCGUAUUGGGAUGACAUCUCAGACUCAGCCAAAGAUUUCAUCUGUCACCUCAUGGAGAAAGAGUCAAUGAAGAGAUAUACAUGUGACCAGGCCCUCCUGCACCCAUGGAUCUGCGGAGACACAGCUCUGGACAAGAAUAUCCACGAAUCUGUCAGCGCUCAAAUCAAGAAGAACUUUGCCAAAAGUAAAUGGAAGCAAGCAUUUAAUGCCACAGCAGUGGUGCGCCACAUGCGGAAGUUGCAGCUGGGUACUAGUCUCGAGGGACCGAGUCAGAUUACUCCCACCAGUCCCUGCCAUGGACAUCUGCUCCCAGAGGAGGAGGAGGAGGAGGAGGAGGAAGACGAUCUGGGGAAUGGGGAGGAGGAGAGCUUGUCCCACUACGAGGACGGCCGCCGCGGAAGCACCGAGGGCAGCACUGACCGGGACAGCCUGAGAAGCUGCACCUACUGCUGCCGGCCCGCUAGUCGCGUUUGAGCCCCUCCCGUUGUCACGGUGACAUUGUCUCCCUGGAGCACCCAGAGCCCGCCUGCCCAGUCUAGACAGGAAUGCAGAGUAGUUAUCAGGGUACAUCCUUAGCGAGCAGGUCACUGUCACAGUGUGGAGAAACAUACUGUGAGCCCCCCCCCCCCCCCCCCAUAAAGAAAAAACACAUCCUGACUCAAGACCCACAAGAUUUUACUUUUUUCUUUUGCAGGACUGAAUGCAACGCUGCGCCGAGUGGACGGUGAUUUAAAGAAAGGGCUGCCUGAUUAGCAACCUAACAUGUAGUUGUACCUUUGUGCAGUGUUAGCAGACAGGGGGCAUUUGACAGCUUGUACAUUACAAAAUGUGGCUCUGGAUGUUAGCUACCAGAAAGGUCUGAAUCAAAGACGAGGCAGUGGCUUCUCCAUUAUUUUUGUUCUUGCAUGAUCUGUCAAAUCUACCUCGCAUCACAAUUACCAUUCGUCUGCAUCAAUCUGGCUUUCACACUCUAAAUUACUGGCAGGGCACAAAGGAAAGGGGGAACACUUUCUUGAGGGAACUACUGAAAGCAGCUCCUGCAUGUCUUUAUACUUCUUACCCAUUAAUGUGACUCGGUCUAGUCACUGGCCAAGUAGCUGUUUAGUUAAAAAGAGUUCAUCUCAAGGCAUGACUUCACUGCCGAUGCCACCUGCUCAGUUGUUCUGUUUUGAUCACUCUGUCUUUUUUUUCUCACAUUAAGUGUUUCUGUCCUUUUUUUGAAAAGUUGAGCGUGUUUCUGGAGGUUCUCGACUCUAUAUUCUGGCUCAGACUGGGUUUGUGAAGAGUGGUUCUGACCUGGAGUGUCUGCAUGCUUCUGUUUGGAAAAUCGGAAAUCAAUAUGUAUGAAUAUCAAAAGGAGACUUUUAUUUCUUUGUUUUAUAUCUGUUCUGUUAUCAGAGGCUCAAACUGAGAUCGCCGUAAGUCUGUAAAUCACAGGAAUCUGACUUUCCUCCGUGGGCUCACAUUAUUUCUGGAGGAGUUAUUUUGAAGAUGCGAUUAAGUCGAGAAUCUACUGUGCGUGGGAAGAAAACGAUCAUAUUUAUAUCACGUUCAUCCUCCCUGUUCUGUUUCUGACAAGCGUCUAAAUAUCUGCCGUCAGUCUCUUAUGCUGAGUCGCUGGGAUCUCAGUUUGUGCUCUCCGCCUCCUCUGUGCUGUGCACCUCUCGUGGAAGAAGUUUUGGUCUACUGUUUGCAUGACCUCGUUAAAUAUGUUUACAUGAAUAAUGAUCAAUUAGUAUAAACACACAUGAUUAUUAUUACUAUGUUGUAUUGAAAAAUGAUGUUAUACUGUAACUUUGAGCUAUAUAAUGUGAAGUGAGUAACACCAGAAGUAAUGUUGUUGACAAAGUUCAACACAGCACAGUGGACUUAUCAUUUCCAUUGACUGUGAUGGUUAAGUUUCUACCUGAGUUACAUUUCAACUGUACUUUGUUUAUUUACAACUAAAAUAAUUAUUUUUUCAGCCUAUUUUCUUGCCGUUGCUUAUAUAGAAUCUAUUCAUCCCUCUCCGAUACUCAGACACAUGCAGAAGAAAUACACAUAUCGUACGCAGGUGCCAGCCACAGUAGAAAACAUGGAACAAUUCUAUAUUAUAUAACUGUAUAUCACCUGUCUGCCAUGGGAGCAGCCUGUGCAAGCUCGACAUUUAUCGCCCUGGGUAGAUAAACUACAAUACUUAAGCCAUAAAGGGAAGUAUAUAUAUUUUACUGGGGAUUCAGAUAUGUUGUCAUCUUAAAAUUAUAUAACUCAGAUGAAGGAUGGCGAUGUUUUGGCACAAUAUUUAACAUAUACAAAAAUUCUCCCUGAAAAUACUUUAAUCUUGAUAUUAGUCAUCCCAUGCCAAUAUCAUUUUAAGGUAUGUCAAGACACUAUGCCAUAUUAUUAGUUAACUGUAGAGUUCACAAACCAAUCCAUGAUAACUUUUGAUGCCCACAUAAAACCAGUUCCCUCGAUCUGCCAUUGAUACUUACAGGUCCAUAGAACAUUAAAUGAAGGCAAUCACUCUGGAUUUACAUGACUGUAAUUGUGGAAAAUAUGCAAACUGUGUGAAGGGCUCCAUGUUAACUGUAAGAUAGCCAACGUUGAUGACUUUGAUAACCUGACUAUUAUUCUUUUGGUAAUGACCUUAUAUUGAACCUUACCUGAGAUUUGUUUCCACUUGGCUGUGUUUUUUUAAAGCUUAUUUUACCCAUUACAAACACAUCUAAAUGCAUAAAGAAACACAUGUAUAUUAUAUAUAUAUAAAUAUAAGUAUAUAUUGUAUAUCCUUUUUUGUAAAAGCUGUUUUGAGCUACAAAUGUAUGGAUGCAAUGCAUCAUGGGUUAUUGAACAAGUUGUAAGAAAAUACAAUGAUUUGUACCCACAGAGAUUUGAUCGCAGGAAAUUAAAAUAAACUUCCUUGUCUAUGCA